AAAAUGAGCUGACGGCAGCGUCGGAGAAGCAUUCAGCGGCGAGUCUUCACACGGAACGAGGACGACAGAAAACAAAAGAUGGAGCGACUUAACGUACUCAUCUGUCUCGGCUUGAUUUGUGUGGCUUCAACUCUGGCCGAGUUGGUCGACCCCAGAGGAGCCCGACCGGUGGAGCAAGGCACCCGAUCCGAAACUUGCGCCACGCAGAGGGAGUGGCCUUUCUGCUCAGACGAUGAAUGGGGCUCUAAAUGCCCGUCGGGCUGCAGGAUCCUGGGAAUGAUAAAUAAAUACGACCACAGCGCGCUGAAGAAGAUCGAGAAGAUCCGCAGCCUCCUGGAUCUGAACAAAGCCAAGCACCGCUCCGCCGAUCAGGUGUCCAAACAGACCUACGACUACCUAAAGGACAAACUCACCCUCGACUCUGAUAAUGAUAACAGCUACUUCAACCUGGCCCAGUCGCUGCGUCAGAGAAUCUCGGAGAUGAAGAUCAAGAUCGACCGACAGCUGAGGAUCCUGGCUGCCCUGAAGGAUCGAGUCAAAGACCAGGUGGUGGAGAUGCAGAGGCUGGAGGUGGAUAUCGACAUUAAGCUCCGUUCCUGCAAAGGAUCCUGCCAAAGCUACACCGAGUACCAGGUGGACCGGGAGAGCUACGUGGCGCUGGAGAAACAGGUCAGCCAGCUGGACUCCCAGUCGGCUCAGAACAUCGAGUCGGUGGGGACGCUGUACGUGAUGAAGAGCAGGCCUCUGCAGGGCGUCAUCGUGGACAGCAUCUACAAGUCCAAGGAUGUCAGCAGCAACACGGCAGGACAGCAGAAAGAAGACAUGUUCCCCGAGGUGAGGGCGGUCCAGUUGGUCCUUGAACAGGAAGGCUCCAGCUCCUCAUCCCCGGCAACCAUCUCCAAGGUCCCAGGUACUUCCCUCUCUCCGUCUACAUCCUCAUCAUCAUCUUCUUCCUCCUCCUCCGCCUCCUCCGGCACGUCCACUAAAUCCAUCACUGAACUCGGAGGACGCGGCGACGCCGGCAGUGGUUUCUUUGGCAUGGAGGUCAGCCAGCCCAGCACGGGCCACGUCACCACCAAAACCGUCUCAUGCACCCGCAGCACCCGCAGGACCGUCGUCCACACCAAAACCGGCCCGGUGGAGAAGGUGGAGGAGGUGAUUGAGGGAGGCCCCGAGUGCUCGGACAUGACGGACUCCACCAGGGGAGGGUUGGGCGCCCUCUUCCCCAGCCUCAGCCACACAUCCUCCUCUUCCUCGUCCUCAUCUUCCUCUUCUGUGACCAAGACCGUCCAGACCGGCGGUACCAAGGGAAGCCUCUUGGAUACCAAAACCGAGUUCGGGAAUCCAUUCGGUGCGGACACCGGGCUCGACAUGUUUGUUGAAGAUACAGGGUUCGACAUGGGCUUGUUUGACACGGGCGCAACAGAGGAUGACCUUCCUGAUAUCCACGCCCGGAGUGUGAAGAGCGUUGUUACUGAGCGCCAAGCCGAUUAUAUAGGAAAAGAUUGUGUCGAAGCCCACCAGAACCAUCUUAAAGGGGAAACGAACGGACUGUUUAAGAUCAAACCCGGCGGCGCUGACUCGGCACAGGUAGUGGAGGUUUAUUGCCAGCAGCAGGGGCUAAUGGGCGGGUGGUUGUUAGUGCAGCAGAGAGAGAGCGGCGCGCUCGGCUUCAACCGCACCUGGGCCGAAUACCGCGACGGGUUCGGAUCGGUCGACGCGAACGGCAACGGGGAGUUCUGGCUAGGCAACCAGAACCUCCACCUGCUGACCAAUCAGGGGGAGAGCAUGCUGAAGGUGGAGCUGGAGGAUUGGGAUGGGGGUGUAGCCAGCGCCGAGUACACAGUCAGUGUCGGCGCGGAGACGGAGGGGUACCCGCUGCACGUGUCCGGGUACACCGGGGACGCCGGGGACGCUCUGGCGAUGCCCGUUUCUGACACACCGUCUCACAACGGGAUGAAAUUCAGCACCUUUGACAAAGACAACGACGUUUGGGAGGAGAGUUGCGCGGAGAGGUACGGCGGCGGCUGGUGGUACAACAAAUGCCAGACGGCUAACUUGAACGGGGUUUAUUAUAAAGGCGCGUACGACCCGGAGAAAAACAAGCCGUACGAGACUGAAAACGGAGUCGUGUGGGUGACGUAUAAACCGGCCAAUUACAGCCUGAAAACUGUUAGGAUGUUCAUCCGACCGGCUGCUUUUUAAUUGGACAAAAUAUGCAGAAAACAUUCAGGUUGGGGGAUUAAAAUAAAACCAUAGUAUCUCGAUAUUUGCCGUGGCAAUACUGUAUCAAUACGCGUACGCCGAGUAGAUAGAGCUUUUAUUACAUAAGUAGAACAUGAGAAUUACAUUUUUUUUAUUUUACAGCAAUAAAAUUGAAGGAGAUGAACAAAUGUAUAUUUUUAGAUAAAACAGAUGUUUGGGGACAUCAUUUGAUUUGUAAAAAAAUAGGUAAUAAAUCGCAGAAUAUCACAAUAUGUUUGAAAUCGCAAUCGUAUCGUAUCGUGACACAAGUAUCUUUAUAAUACCGUAUCGUCUCGUGAUUCCCACCCUUGCAAAAAUAUACACAUUCAUACACUUGUAUGAGUUUCAACCCAAAGAAACAACAAGGCACAAAGCAACCUGAUAUAAGACCUAGAGAUACAAGCGCACUCUGAGGCUACAGGUAAAUAUUUGAGGCCAAAAAUCAAAGUUGCUUUCAGACCUUUAGACUGUUCCGAUCUGUUUUGUGAAUCAUUCUGAGAUUUCCAAAUCAUUUCAAACAGUGUUGCCGUGUGUGUGUUUGAGUUGAUUCUUUGUGUCAUCACUUUGUGUCAAAUGUCAUUGACUUGUUUAACUAACCUGUACACAGCGAUGCCUGAACUCUGCUCAAUCAAUAAAGACUCAAUGUUCACUUCA